UUUUUUUUUUUUUUUUUAUAGAUGAUUUGCAAGAGCUCCGUGCAAUCCAAGAAAAUGACCAAGCUGCAGUUUCUAAACGUCUUCUUAACCGAGCGCCUCAUGCUUGCCGCGCAGGAGAUUUACAAAUCCGUGGAGGACACAAUCCUGGAGUACCAGGAGGAGAUCGCGAUCAGGGAGCGGGAGAACGACCAUCUGAGGCGCAGGCUGCGGGACGCUGGGAUCGAAAUAUGGCCAGACCGUCCGUCCAUGGCGCUGCUGGACGAGGAGGACGGUGAGCAUCCUCGCCGCGAGUGGAGUCCCAGCAUGGGGCACGAGGAGCGCAUUCCCAUUCAGAUCAAGGACAAGAGGGAUCUACGGGCCAACCCGGGGGACGAUCAGCUCCGGGGCCACGGCUCCUGCAGCACGUCGGAGAACAUGUUCACCCCUCCGCGCGUCGCCAACGAAUACCCGCAGGACGGCCCUCACGCGUCCAACCUCCCUCAGAGCCAGGGCGUGGAGAACAGGGAAAGGGACCCCGGACCCCGAGGCGCGGCGAGACACGUGAAGGCCGAGAGCGGAGGCGCCCACAGGGGUUCGACUUCCUCCAACAGCGGCGCUCAGCCUCUGGCGCCGGUCAACCCAAACUGCUCCAACGAGAACAACAUUGACAUUAUCGGGGUGGAGAACGGGGGUCAGAUGGUCGGCGCGAAGGGAGCCGGACCCGGGGCGAACAGAGGGCAGCCGUCUCACAUGCGCAGCCAGGGAGCGAACGCCGUGGACUGCCCCCACCAAAAGUCCCCCCUCCAAGGCCACAUGUCGUCCUUCUGCUGCAAGGUCUGCGGCGAGGCGUUCAGCCACGUCGGCCACCUGCACGUGCACGUGCAGGUGCACACGCGCGAAAAGCCGUACCGCUGCGGCGUGUGCGGGAAGUGCUGCAGCUCGUCCGGGAGGCUGCAGGAGCACCAGCGCAGCCACACGGGGGAGAAGCCCUUCCGCUGCCAGAUCUGCGGGAAGGGCUUCACGCAGAUGGCUCACCUGAAGGUGCACAUGAGGAUCCACACGGGGGAGAAGCCGUACAGCUGCCCCGUGUGCGGCAAGUGCUUCAGCCGCUCCGACAAAAUCAAAAGGCACCUCCAGACCCACAGCCGCGAGGGAACGUACUUCUCAGGGCAAUGAUGCAGGCGUGCCGUCGUGGGAAACUUUUUUGUUUUUAUAAAAAAAAAAAAGCUAAAAGCGCUGCCAUCGAGAUGAGGCUUUUUCUUCCUGCUUUCCGAACUCUAGGGACGCAAGUCUUAGAGAACGUUUUUUUUUUUUUUUUAAAUCUUACCUAAUACUUCUCAUUCCCUCAAUAGAAUUUAUAAUAGCCACUUUAGUAUGCCAUUUACUUAAUUUUGUACUUGUCACCGAGUAUUACAUCUCCGAGACACAAUUUGACUUAGUAGCUAGCGUUUCUGAAGUAUCUAGCCUUUCCUUAGUCGUAUAAUUAGCCUGAUGAAGUCUUCCACACAUGCCUUGAGACAGAGAUGCAUCCACUAACGCGCGAAUGUUCAGCACGGUCACGGCACAUCAUCAUCAGCCAGUCACUUUAUAUCCACACCGCAGGCUCGACGUGCGUCUCAUAAUCAUUAUUUCAAGACGUGAAGUAAGCUCCGUUUUCUCAGUUAACCGGUCAAUUGACGGCCUGGCAAACGUUCUUUAUGUAGCAAUUAAAAUAAAAUAAAAUAAAAAAUCCAAGCAAAGAGCAGCCGGUGUGGACGAUUCCUUAUGCGGCCUGUUUCUUUUCCCCACAUUUACCGUCAGUGCUGUUACUUCACUGCAGAGCUGCGUACUGCCAUCUCACGUCGGACAAAUCUGCUCCACUACUUUGUGUGAUAAUAAUGUGAUGUUCUGUAAAAUACCACUAGUCGCCACCUAUAGCAAAUUUAGGUGUCUUUUUUUUUUUUUGUUUGUUUUUUUUCGUCAACAUGCACUAUGGCAUCUGUCUUGGACGGUGCACGGUCUCCUAACGGGGGCUUUACAGUAUUAACUCAACCCACCUGUGGUUUUUCAAGGGUCUCAGUCUGCAAAGAUUUAUGUCCAGCUGUGUUUUCACCACAGUGGUUAUUUAACAUGUGAGGUGUUUUGUUUUUUUUUGUUUUUUUUGUUUUUUUCGAAGAGGCCUCGGUUGCGGGGUCGAUGUCAGGAGUGAUUGUUGGUUCGUCACAGAGUAAAGUCCCUUCUGUUCACUUAUUGGACUGACGCCCUUCACAGCAGAUCCCACGGUUACCUUCCUCCUCUCAGGAUUAAUGCUGCAUUCAUAACACGAGGGGACACGGGAAACAUUAAUCAGAAAAGUCAGUAACUCAGGGUCUGUGAGUAUUUCUGUUGAAUUUGAAUUUAAAUUGGGAAAGGAAAAAAAAAAAAAGCAAAAGGACGACGGUGUGAUACCUUCACAGUCAGUCUCCCUCCUCAUCGGUCCCUCUACAUGUGAUGAAUGCAGCAUGAGGCGACUCCAGGACGUCCUCACAGCUGACCAGCAGCCCAUCACUCAGUCUUCUCGGGGACGUCUGCUCCCCUGCACACACACACUCUACUGUACAGUGUUGUAUCAUUGCGUAUUAAAUGUUAUUUUUGAAUAAAGUAGUAAUUGAGUAUU